UUAGAAAUCGACCUGUGGAAACAUUGUCGGCCCAAACCCCUGCUUUAUUCUUGUACUCCCUGGGCAAUCAGUCCUUCGUUGCACUGUAAGCCAGGACUCUGGCCCUUAUUCUCGCACGAUGCACCGGAGCUGGCCGGCGCUAGCAUAGAGCUCGAACAAAAUGGCGCGCCAGAGCGGACAGCUGGCACUGUGCGUGGCGCUGAUAGGACUUCUUGCGACGCGGAGCACGGCCGCGGCGCGCAACGCCACGCUCGCGGACCUGCCUUUCCUCGACGAUCCUGACAUAUACCAGGAGGUUCUGGACUUCCGGCGCCCGCCGCCCGGCUACGAGCCCGCCCGCACCGAUGAGGAGUGGGAGCCUAUUUUCAGAGCCAAUCUGUUUGAGGACCUGCGCAAAUUCACCGAUAAGAUUGCGCAGUCGGGCGGGCAGCGUCUGUCGCUGCGGCGCCUGGGCGAGCAGCUGCACCGGCUGGUGUCGCACCCGCACGGCGGCCAAGUGGCGGCGGUGGUGGCCAUACGGUCGGGGCGGCUGUACCGCUACCUGCCGCCGGGGGUGGCAAACCAGCCCUACCUGCGGCGGAGGAUCGGCCGCGCGCUGCGGCUGCUGGCUGUGGGCGCCCGCGCUCUGGGCCUGUCGCUGCCCGACUGCGUGUUCGGCUUCAACCUGCACGACACGCCCGUGUGCCGCCAGCUGGGCGGAUGCAGGGUGCCGCUGUUCAGCCUGCACAAGCGCUUCGACGCGGCGGCCAACAGGUCCAUCGACAGCGACGUGCUUCUGCCGCACCUGGGCCACGCCUUCAGCCGCCUGCUGUUCUUCCCCUGGGCCGCCAAGGACCCCCGUGCGCUGCUGAGGGCAACCAUGCAGAACUCCAUGGACGUCAACUGCACGCGUGUGGCCCUGGCGCGCCUCAGCUCCAGCCUGCCCGGGUCGCAGCUGCUGGACGCCGGGUUCGUGGAGAACAAGAAACGCGGCUGGAGCAUGCCCGACAAACUCAAACGGCCGUACGUGGGCAUGUCCAAGCACGCGCGCUACAAGUUCCUGGUCAAUGCGGACGGCCACGUCAGCAGCAGCCGGCUGGGGUACAUCAUGCAGACCAACAGUGUGGUGCUGCGGGAGCGCUCCCCCUGGAUCGAGUACUACUACCGCUCGCUGAGGCACGGGCAGCACGUGCUGGAGUACGACGCCGCGGACGUACUGCAGCUGCUGACGCAGUACGGCGACCCGGCGCGUGACGGCGAGCUGCGAGCCAUAGCCAACGCCUCACAGCACUUUGUGGCCAAGUUCCUCACGCCGGAGGGCAAGGUGCGCUACACGGUGCGGGCGCUGCAGGAGUACGCGGCCCUGUUCGAGGGCAUGGCGCCGGCGCUGAUGCGGCGGCUGGCGGCGGGCGGCGCGCUGGCGGACCCGCCCAAGGAGGGAGGCGGGCUGCUGGACGUCACCAACGCUGCCGAGCUGGAGGAGCAGGCGCGGGCGGAGGGGGAGGGGGACGGGGCGGAGGAGGCGGAGGGGGUGGCGGGCGGCACGGAGGGGGGCGCAGGCCAGGCGAGGAGGAGCGCGCUGCAGCAGCAGCAGCAGCAGCAGCAGGCGGACGCAGCGUCGGCGCAGAAUGGCGUAAACCCGAAGGCGCUAAAGCCAAUCGUGCUGGGAUCAAUUAACCUGCGAGCGCUGUUGUACAUCCUCACCAGCGGCAAGCUGGGCGGUGAGGAGGACCGCGGCAUGCGGCAGGUGCAGCUGCAGGCAGCCAUCAUGGCGGGCCGCGUCGGCGGCGUCGGCGGCGGCGGCUGGAGGACAUAGGCGGCGGCAGCGGUACGUGAUGUUGGGGAGUGGGCGGGUAGUUUAUUCCCAUGCCAAAUGAACACAGGACCACAACGGAGUGCGUAGGAGGUUUGGCCUUACCCGGAAUCUUGCAUGACGCUCGUGAGGGGGUGGGGUGGCGUGGGCGAGGCAUGGAGGUGUGGAGGAGCAGCGAGCGCAUUCAGUGGAGCAUGCGUGGCUGCAAGGGAACGAGGAGGAGGAUGGGGCUGUGAAUACCAGUUCAAACUAAACCAAAUCAAGCUAAACUGGCGGAGCACAGGCAGGGGGUGGAGGUGGGGAAGGAGCGUGCGCUUCAGGCGCAAGCAACAGUUGUCUGCGGCCCAAUGUGCGAGCGCGCGUGUGUUGUGUUGUUGUGUCCAGAAAGUAAAUGAGUCGUGGGAAAGCCGACACUGUGCGUGUAUGUGUGUGUGUGUGUGUAUGCCGUGCGAGGGAUUGGAGACUUUGAUGGCGGCAUUGCGGUGGCUUUGCAUACUGACGCGAACUAGCUGCGGGGGCGACACGUGUGCGGGGCGAGGCCGCGUGCGGCUGCAUGUGGGGCUUGGGAGUUGCGCGAUUGCAUUGGGCGUGCUGCUUUGGGCGCGUGCCAGCGCGCGUGUGGAUAAAAGCACAAGGUCGUUUGCAGUCCAUUCGAGUGCAGGCAGUGAAGUAUGCAGCACAACCCAUUUCCAAGGCAUUCGCGAGAAGUUGGAUGUGCUGUGAUUGCACGAGUGCCUGUGUACUGCAGGUGGCACAGCUGGCCCCAUCGGCGAGGCCCUUGCACUACUGCCGGCCCCUGAACAACGUGGAAAGGACUUGAUAAUGCUCAAAGGAAGUAAGUGUGUUGCGUAUAAUAUGUGAGUAAUACAUGUACUGCAUGGGAAUUCUUGGUCUGCCGUACAGUUGCCAGCGCGUGACAAAGAGGUGGGAAACUUGGCAACUAGGCGAUGGGUGGAAUGCAGGACUGACUUUGGCAACGGGCACACAAACACGGUUUGGCAUUUGGAGGGGAUGGCAUUUGCUGUAGGGGGUUUGUGUAUGUACAUUCCACUGGGUAUGUAGGUGCGGCGGAGCGCUGACGGGGAGGAGCACUCGGGGCGAGGGGGGCGGGGGCUAUUGUGUGCGCGUGCAGGACGCGAUUAAUGGCGUGGGGACAACAUCGGCGGCGCGACGAUCGAAUGCGUGCCAAUUCAGAAAGUAAUCAAGUAAGCGCGAGCGUUACUCGGUUUUUGUGGGAAUGGCCGACGGAUUGAACGAGCGGGUCUUGGAACGUGUAACACGAACGAGAA